CGACGAAUUACGCAUGACGUCACCGCGUGCGUGGAGACUGACGCAGUUCGCUGAUCAGAUGCAAAAUUUUAGGACCUAAACAUUUGCUUUUGUGUUAUUUUCUGCGAUGAUUAUCGGUUAUUGAUCAGUUCCUCCGUGAUCGAACGGAAGUGCAGCUGAGUGUCACGGUGAGUGUCGGUCACGCGCUGCGGGGAAAAUGUCUGCAGCCGCCGGGAACAAAAACACGAACACGGAACCGUGGGGCGGCUUCGACGAGCACCUCAUCCAGGGCGGCGGCUCGGCCGUCAUCGACAUGGAGAACAUGGACGACACGUCGGGCUCCAGCUUCGAGGACAUGGGCGAGAUGCACCAGCGCAUGAAGGAGGAGGAGGAGGUGGCCGCCGAGGCCGCCGCCACCGAGGACGACGCCGCUGACGACGGAGAGUUCCUGGGCAUGAAGGGCCUCAAGGGCCAGCUGGGGAGGCAGGUCGCCGACGAGGUGUGGCAGGCGGGGAAGCGGCAGGCGUCUAAAGCCUUCAACCUGUAUGCCAACAUCGACAUCCUGCGGCCGUACUUUGACGUGGAGCCGGUGCAGGUCAGGAGCAGGCUGAUCGAGUCCAUGAUCCCCGUCCGCAUGAUCAACUUCCCCCAGAAGAUCGCAGGCGAGCUGUACGGCCCCAUGAUGCUGGUGUUCACGCUGGUGGCCAUCCUGCUGCACGGCAUGAAGACCUCGGGCACCGUCAUCAGGGAGGGAACGCUGAUGGGAACCGCCAUCGGAACCUGUUUCGGCUACUGGCUCGGCGUCUCGUCCUUCAUCUACUUCCUGGCGUACCUGGUCAACGCCCAGAUCACCAUGCUGCAGAUGCUGUCGCUGCUGGGUUACGGGCUCUUCGGUCACUGCAUCGUCCUCUUCAUCACCUACAACAUCCACUUCCACUUCCUGUUCUACGCGCUGUGGCUGCUGGUGGGCGGGCUCUCCACGCUGCGCAUGGUGGCGGCGCUGCUGUCGCGGACGGUGGGUCAGACUCCUCGCCUGCUGCUGUGCGGCAGCCUGGCCCUGCUGCACAUGCUCUUCCUGCUCUACCUGCACUUCAACUACCACCAGAUCGUCGAGGGUCUGCUGGACUCACUGGAAGGCUCCAACAUGGCCGCCAUGCAGCGGGUGGCCCGAGACGUGCUGAAGCUGCCUGUUGUUGUCAACGCUACAGUGAAGAGCCAAUGAACACUCUCACACACACACACACACACACUCACACACACACACACACACACACACACACACACACACACACACACACACACAAACACUCACACACGCUCUCUCACACACACACACACACACACUGCGCUGACGAUAAAGAGGAGCAGCUGAAUGGGACACGAGCCUGAAAUCAGCAGGAAAUGACAAAAAGCUGCGAGCAGGAAACUGAACGCACCUGAAAUUUAUCAGCCAACAAAAAAACGUCAAAAUAAAAAUCCAACAAACAAGAAAAUGACCUGAAAAUGAGCCAGCAAAGCUUUGUGGACGUUUCCCUGCUCUUUUUUUUUUUAUCAUUUCUUAUCGUAUUAUUAUUAUUAUGUUUAUUAUUAUUAUGUUCAUGUCAUUCCUUUCUUUCUCGUUCUUCUUCUGCGGCUAAUUUCCAGCUCCUUUUCCUGGAAGCUUUCCCUCGUGCCGCUCGGCGCCGCUCGGCCCGCGGCGUUCACACGAACUCCCUGUCAGUCUGAGAGGGUCAAAGGCUUCCACCCAGAGGACGAGUGACGCGGCUGCAGGCGGCGCCUGACGUCACGGCGUGCUGACGUCAGCGCGCUGUGACGUCAGCGCGCCGUGACGUCAGCACGCCGUGACGUCAGCACGCCGUGACGUCGCCACACCGUGAUGUCAGCACGCCCUGACGUCGCCACACCGUGAUGUCAGCACGCCCUGACGUCAGCACGCCCUGACGUCAGCACGCCCUGACAUCGCCACACCGUGAUGUCAGCACGCCCUGACGUCAGCACGCCCUGACGUCAGCACACCCUGACGUCGCCACACCGUGAUGUCAGCACGCCUGCGCGGGGGGUUCUGUAUGUUCUCUGUGUCUCUGUUGUGUUUGUGGACCUGCUGAAGGUGAAUAAAGCAGCUGAGCUCUG